AUGCUCGGACUCAAAUCUUCCUUGCCUGCUGUGGCCUAUCUCCUCCUCCUGCUGCCAUCUUCUUCUAUUGCCAGCGUUCUCCCAAUCCGAUCUCCUGAUUCGACCUCCACCAUUCAUCCUCUGUCUCGCAGCUCAGGCACAGCCGAGUGCAACUACUACCUCAUCCCGGGGAAAUACCUGUUCAACGUGACCGAUAUCCAAGGCUGGGCCACAGACGACCCUUUAUCGCAGCUGUACAAGUUCGAAAACAGCUGCGGCUACCUGACCGAGUGGGAUUGGAACGUGAAUGACGGCUCCGUGGCCUGGGCUUCCUUCGCUUUCCCGCUCCAGAUCAACGUGGAAUGUGUCGAGGGCGCCGUUGCUGCUGCCGGUGGGCCGAAGAUUACUUGCAUGGGCCCCCUUGUCGGCCCCCAGCCUCCUUCUGUGGUCUAG